ACACUGCAGACCGAUAUCCUUUAUCGAUGACAGCCUAAAACAAUGUCUAUGUUUUCACGGAAGCGGAAGGAGGACACCGUUUCUGUUUCUUCGUUACCUCCUAUCGAGACUCUUGAACUCGAUAGGCUUAAAUUGUUUACAAGGGAAGAGCUUACAGCUUAUCUGAAACACUAUGACAUCGAGGCAGGUGAAACCAAGCCCGAUUUAAAAAGGCAGCUCCGACUGCUGAUAACAAGUGUCAAGACAGGUGUCAUUCCUAAGAGAGAAGGUAUUGGAACAGAAUUAUAUGGAUCGCAUUCGAGUGGUGGAAGCGGACAAAGGUCAGGAGAUCCUAAGGCUUCAACAUCAGAUCAGUCCUCUUUUCAAUCUGCUACUGGUGGACUUCAAACUGGUGCUUCUAAACCAGACAAUUCGGUUUCUACGUCGGUCAGUUUCAACACGACCUGUUCGAUACCAAGUGCCCCCAUUAAGGUCCCGGAGCUACGCCCGAAUGAUUUGAUUUCUCAUAAAUCGUUAGGAUACAUGCCUGCGCUAGUGCCUCCGCAGUUGAUUAUGCCAGGAUUCACUUCGAAUAAUAUAGUUCCAGGUAAGUUCUUGCCGAACUUGGGACUCAUCAGAGACUUGGUAGUCAGCCGAGUUGACAAAAAAACCGCAGCUCCUCAGCAGACAACUGAGAGCAUGUCUUUAUACGAAUGCGCAUUACAAAACCUAGAUCCCAGAGCGAAUAGAAGCAAGUCGAUAAAGAACACCGAGUCACAGACGUUGAUAAACUUCACUCCAGAUGAUCUGACGUGCGUCGGCUGCGGAAAAAGAGCGAACAAAGAGUGCAAGUUUAAGCGAUGUAAAAACUGCUGCAAUACCAUAUUGCUGAGAUGCCCUGUUCAUGCUAGAAAUUUGGUUUUGCUACCCGGUCAAGUUUUGUUUGAUCCUACUCUUUCUAACGAUGCAAAUUCCAACCUUGCCCUUUCUUCUCUUAAUGCACCUUCUAUUCCUUCGAAAACCCCGUUCAUUAUUCGUGAGGAACGCCCCCUACCGCCCGAGAUACCUUUGCCGCAAGAAAUCCUUUUAGAUUGGCCCGAGCAUCAAGAUCCAUUAGUAACGCUUCAAAGUAUCGGCAGCAACCGAUUCAAGAAAAAUGACGAAACUAUGAGAGAACUUUGGAGCCCGGUGACUCUGAGCAGCAUUCUCGAACAAAUUGAGGACAAAAGCUUUUUGAGCAAGGAAAAAAGAACGUUUCAAGAAAACCUAAAAACAAUGCAAAAACAAUUAGAGCAAUGCGCCCAAGAACACGAGAAUGAAAUUCAGUCUAUUCUGAAUCACAGUCAAAAAUUUUUUAGUCAGUAUUCAAGUCUGUUGGAGACUUGCCAAAAGACGACGGCGGUAAGUACGAAUAUAAACUCGGGAGAGGGCCAAAAUAAUAUUUACCAUAUGAUACCACCUUUGGGAGGAAAAUUGCAAAUUUAUACAAGCAAUCAAGAGAAGACAACAGAAAAAUUCACUAAAAAAAUCAAACCAUUGUAAAGACCACCUAACUUCGAAGGACUAUAGACAUUUAUGGAUUGGAAAUUCAGUAUAGAGGAAAAAAAGGCAGCCAAUCGCUGGGAGUAAUGGCAAAAUUUGACGGCGCAAAAGUUUAUGAAAACAAGAAAUACAAAGCACGGAUUUGUUAAUAUUUUUAGUUUUCAAAACCUGGCGAACGUGCUAUUGAUUUUUUUACACGACGAAUUUGCAUUUGAGAGAGAUGCGAACACAAAAAGAUAUAACAUUAUCUCAUUGUAUACGAUUGGCCAUGAAAUAGAAAGAAAUUCAAGUUAGAUGUCAGCAUUAGAGUUGACAAACAAAAAUUCAAGAAUCAGACGUGCAAACGUGCAUAGAGGAUAUGUCGCACCUCUGGUUACCUGCAUACCCCAUGAUAGGACUAUCCUAAUUAAUUUCUCUCUGGUCAACCAAUGCAGAUGUAAGCGAUUGAAUACAGCAAACACCACUUGGUUCAGUGACAAACCUAGUCUAGACUUUUUCAUAGAACAAUCUAUUGUAUUAUGAACUGGUUUUGGCAGUUUUUUUGCUGACGGCUAUCAUUAAAUGCUUAAUACAGAAGGAUGAUAAAAGCAAUCACCCUCAUUUCCUCAAUUCAGAACUUUAUUUAUGCAGCUAUCACAUGGAAGAGAAGACAAAUCAAUAGAUCGGUUUGAAAUUCUUCAAUCAAUUAAAGUCUGUGUUGGAUGUUGCUGUAAUUACAUUAUUUUUAGAUUUUAGAACUUGUACAUGAAAACUAUUGACAUUAUAUGUUGGACAUC